AUGGAGCUGAGUACCCGUAAGACCAGCGAAUCAGAGGAAGACUCUGAGGAAGAGGAAUCUGAGGAGGAGUGUAUUAAAGAGGAAGCUCCCAUCCCUUCUAACUCUCAGCGGCAGGCACCCCCCAAAGAGGACUAUAGGACAUUUGAGAAUGGGGUUUCCUUAUCCAUUGUAGCCACGAAAAUUCCAAAGAAAACCAUAGCCCCAGAUGACACGGAGGACUUAGAAAUUGGGAGGAGAAAAAGAAGGCGGAAACGCAGACCCCUGGCCAUCAACCUGACCAACUGCAAGUAUGAGAGUGUGCGUCGGGCAGCCCAAAUGUGUGGCCUGAAGGAGGUGGGGGAGGACGAAGAGUGGACUGUGUACUGGACAGACUGCUCUAUCUCGCUGGAACGAGUCAUGGAUAUGAAGAGGUUCCAGAAAAUCAACCACUUCCCUGGCAUGACAGAAAUCUGCCGCAAAGACAUGCUGGCUCGGAACCUCAACCGCAUGCAGAAACUCUAUCCUUCUGAGUACAACAUCUUCCCCCGCACCUGGUGCCUCCCCGCAGACUAUGGGGAAUUCCAGGCCUUUGGUCGGCAGCGAAGAGCCUGCACUUAUAUCUGCAAGCCAGACAGCGGCUGUCAGGGACGUGGCAUCUUCAUUACCCGAAAUCCCCGGGAGAUCAAGCCAGGAGAGCAUAUGAUCUGCCAGCAGUACAUCUCCAAGCCCUUCCUCAUUGAUGGCUUCAAGUUUGACAUGAGAAUCUACGUCCUGAUCACAUCCUGUGACCCUCUUCGGAUCUUCAUGUAUGAAGAGGGCCUGGCCCGUUUUGCCACCAUGCCUUAUGUGGAGCCCAGUCAGAACAACCUGGACACCGUAUGUAUGCACCUGACCAACUACGCUAUCAACAAACACAGUGAGAACUUUGUCCGGGAUGAUGCUGUGGGCAGUAAGAGGAAGCUGUCAACACUCAACAUCUGGUUGCGAGAGCACAGUUAUGAUUACCCAGAGCUAUGGAGGGACAUCGAGGAUAUCAUCAUCAAAACCAUCAUCUCAGCCCAUUCUGUUCUUCGCCACAACUACCGAACCUGCUUUCCCCAAUAUCUGAGUGGAGGUACAUGUGCCUGUUUUGAGAUCCUUGGUUUUGACAUCUUGCUGGACCACAGGCUGAAACCCUGGCUGCUGGAGGUAAACCACUCUCCAAGCUUCACCACGGACUCAAGCCUUGAUCAAGAGGUAAAGGAUGCACUUCUCUGUGACGCUAUGAACCUUGUUAACCUCCGGACCUGUGACAGAAGGAAGGUGAUGAAGGAGAACAAGCGGCGCGUCAAGGAGCGGCUUUUCCAGUGCCACCAACAGCCACGAGAAUCCAGACGAGAACAGACCGAGUCAUCCAAUGCAGCAAUGCUAGACCAGGAACGCUAUGAGGAUUCUCACCUAGGGAGAUACCGGCGGAUAUACCCUGGGCCUAACUCGGAGAAGUAUGCACCCUUCUUCAAGCACAAUGGCUCUCUCUUCCAGGAGACUGCUGCUUCCAAGGCCAGAGAGGAGUGUGCCAGGCAGCAACUGGAAGAGAUCCGCCUUAAGCAGAAACAGCAGACCUUAAGCACUAAGAGGCGAAAGGUCUACAAGGACCACAACCAGGGUGAAUCAGCUGGUGAGAAGAGCCGAUACAAAGCAGGGCUCCGGGGCCUUUCCAACCGCUUGGCUUACAGAAACUGGAACCGGAAGAAAGAGCUGCUACCAAUUCAGCUGGACACCAUGCAGCCUCAAGAAAUUGUGGAAGAGGAGGAGCUGGAGCGGAUGAAGGCCCUGAUACACAGGAAGAAUCUCAUCCAAAGCCUGGGUAUUGUAGAGCAGCUCAGUCGCCUGCUGCACCCUGGCCCCCAGGAUCAGAAAAAACUUCUUGAAUGUCGGCCUAGAUUUCACCAGGACGGGCUGGGCAGUCAAGAACUGAAAUCUGUGAGUGUGGUCCAACUGGUGCUCCUGAGAGGGGCUGCCACAGAGCAGGGCCCUCAUUUCCUGCAUCCAGUUCAGCCCCAAGAGUUGAACCCCGGGAUCUUAGGGCCACUGCAAAGCAUGAAUGCUGCCAUUCCACGUGAUUCCCAGUGCCAUCUGCAGUCUAAGAACUUCAAGUGGACAGGAGACGCAGCAGCCAUCAGCCCCUAUUCAUUGUCAAUGAAGAAAUCUGGAAGGCGCUGUUUUUCCAGCGCUAGAGUCAGGCUCACUAGCCAAGGCCAAGCCAGCAGAAGGCUAGAAGCCAUAAACCGAGUCCUGGCAGGAUCAGUGCCACCCACUUUAACCCCAAAGCAGGGCUAUCUUCUGCAACCAGAGAGAGGGACAUGUGACUCAAGGACUGAAUGCACCUUGCCCUCCAUGGUAAACUCUGAACACAGAGCAGCCAAGGCCCAGGAUCUCCCCCUCUGCCCUGCGUCUACACCCGUGCGGCUGCGCUCCAGUUCACUCCUCAACGUCAGCCAGCACAGGUAA